UGAAAUACUGCUUUAUGCAGACUGCUUCAUCUUCUGGCAGAUUUCUGGCGGAACUAUCCGUUCAAUAAGAAGCUGCACCCGGACACAUUUCACAGUUGCACCAAACAAAGCAUGUGCGCUGAUGUGAAGCGUAUUCUACUGUAAAACUACUUGCCUUUCUUUUCAGUGAUUAUUUUGUGAGAAAGUGUCUUAAACAAAACUGUGUUUUUGAACCAUUUUUGCAUAUAUAGAAUUGAGAUAAAAUAUUGUCAUACCAUUGACGCGACAGAAAUGGCAUUUUUGGGACAACAAGGAGGCGACGACAGCGAUGAUGGAAUGGACGAGUUCAUGGAGAAAUUCAAGACCGAGAAAUAUAAAAAUGCUUUCAACGAAAGCAACUGGGAGGAGGAGUUUGAUAAAGUCCCCAUGUUCAUGAAGAGCGCUCCGGAGGACAUAGACCCAGCUACGUAUCCCGAACUGGCCUGCAUUCAGUCCAUCAUCCAUGACACUCACAGCACUCCGGAGGAGAAGGCCCAGAACCUGAAGGAUGAGGGCAAUCAGUUCUUCAAGGAGAAGAAGUACAAGAAGGCUAUUGUGUCCUACACUGCGGGCCUGAAGUUGAAGUGUUCCGAUGCAGAUCUCAACACCAUCCUAUACACCAACAGGGCAGCCGCACACUUUCACUUGGGUAACAUGCGAUCAGCUUUGAAUGAUUCUGUUUCUGCCAAAAAGCUCAAGCCAGACCACCUCAAGGCUCUGCUGAGAGGCGCUCAGUGUUGUUUGGAGCUGCGUAACUAUGGUGAUGUGCUGCAGUGGUGCGACGAGGGUCUGCGUGCACACCCCACCGACAAGAAGCUGCAGGACCUACGAACCACGGCCAACAAGAAAAAGAGGGAGGCGGAGAGAGAUGCAAGAAAAGCGAAGCUAAAAGAGAAGCAACAGCGCGGGGAGAAAGACGCUCUUCUGGCUGCCAUUAAGGAGCGGGGUGUGAAACUGGUUAGAACAACGAAGCCCCCCAAACAAGGCUCGGACAGUGAGGAUGAGGAUGCUGAAGAGCAGGUGACCGCUGGGAUGGCAGACAUGGGCCUGGACGGGCUGGUAUCCCAGGAGGCCACGGGGCAGCGGGUGUUUCUCGACGACAACGGAGCUCUCAAUUGGCCCGUACUCUUCCUGUACCCUGAACACUGUCAAACAGACUUCAUAUCCGCCUUCUGUGAAACGUCGACUUUUAUAGACCACCUGGCUGUCAUGUUUGGAGAAGAGCUUCCUCCCUGGGACACAGACAGAAAGUACCGCCCCCAGAACCUCCAGUUGUUCUUUGAGGAGUUUGGGAGUGAUCAGCUGCAUCAGGUGAACAUGUCUGCUCCCCUGUACAGCGUCUUACAGCACAGCAGGUACACAGUAAAGGACGGCACCCCAUGCUUCAUCGUCCUGGUGUCUGGCUCAGCAUACAGCAAGCAGUUCCUCUCAGGAAAGAAGAUCUAUGGGCUGAAGUGAGGCAGCGACCUCAAAAAGGACCUUUGACGGACUGUUAGCUCUACCAAUCAGGGAGAACCUCGUGUGCAUGGCUCAGCCCCCCUAAAAUGUGUGCAAUGCUUUGAUGAAGAGACUGACCGAUUGAACAGACUGAGCUCUGUGCAAGAGAUGAUUGUGAGCACAUCAGACAAGCUGCUAAAAGAACUUCAUGGACGUUGUCAUCUUGAUUUCUUUGGUAACAUUUGUGGAAAAUGUUAACACUCACACUCAACCCCUAACAGAGUUUCAAAAGAGGUUGUUAUUCCAUUCUACAAAGUUUAAAGGCAGUAACUGCAUGCUUUGCCAAAUCAACUUUAGACUGGAAAUGGACUUCCUCUCCUUUUUCUCACAACCAUAUCAGUGCAUCACAUUUGACUUGUCAUUGGGAUAACUUUGAAGACAUUUUUCUUUGUUUCAAUGUUGACAUAGUGGUGCCUUUUUUGGGCAAAAUUCUCUCACUGUCUGCUCCGAUUAGCAAGAAAAGCAUGUUUACAUAUUUAAUGGAUAUCUGUCAAUGCUGAUUAGACACAAACAAGGCCACCAUUCCAGGAGAAUUCCCAUCCCAUGCAGAAGAUUCAGAAAUGUCAUCAUACACCAGUCAACAUUUCAUCAGAUUUAAAUCAUGUAAUUGCCAAAAACAAAACAUGUGUUCAUGUCAUUGACCUUCAUGAUCCAUGAUAUCAAUUAAAACUACUGUAUAUGCCAGUGGACUUUGUCUGGAGUACACAA